CGAGACGUCCCUCAGUAUAAAUACGACCAUGGCGGAGAGUGGAGGUGGCGUAAUAAAGCUUAAAUAUCCACCUUACUUGAGGGGUUUAAAGGGCCAGGAGGGGUUUAAAUCACUCCUAGCGUAUGGUUUUAAUAAUUACCGGUGUCACAGGAAAGACAGACACCUCCGGUACGAGUGUUUGGAAAGGAAACACUGCGAAAUAUGGCCAUGCUUUGACCCCACUGGAAUAUUAUGAGCGAGUUAAGUGCUAGAAAGCCUUUUACUAAAUGGUUCAUAAGUGGGAGUAUUUAAAUGUCCUGUGUGCUGUGAGUGAAGGGGAGGAGUGAGGGGAGGUGUUUGAGUGCGGGGAGGAGAGGAAGUGGAAGGAAAUGCAGUACUGUGUUGCAAAGGAGUGUGCAGUGAGAGUUGAGAGUCAUAUAAACACCCUCUCACACUCCCACACUGACCCAUGAGAGCCACCCACCCCAUACACCCACUGAGAUGUCCACCAGACUUGAUCGGCUCUUUGUCUUGCUGGAGAAUGGAGGCUCAGGAGUCACACGCGGGGCAGCAGCACAGCAGCUUGGGGAGGUGGUGCGUCUACACCCACAGGAGCUGUCUUCACUGCUCGGCCGUGUCCAUGGCCUUCUGACAUCCAAGUCAUGGGACGUGAGGAUAGCAGCAGGACUGGCAGUAGAGGCAAUUGUCAGUAAUGUGCCAGCAUGGGAUCCCUCCCCAGUGCCUUCCUCAGGAGUGUUGGGGGAAGACACUACUCGGGUCAACCCUCCUCGGCUUUCUCUCCAUGCCUUCAGCAUCAAGCGAGUUCUGGAGCGUGGUGCUGUGCUUAUGGCGGCAGAUGAGAGGCUCUUCACUGCCACACAGGACGAGAACACACCCACAGACCCCAGCAUGCGUCUGGCCCAGCAGCAGCGCCUGGUGAACCAGCGGCUUGGUCUGGAUGUGGCUGAGGCUGUGGGUGUGGAUGUGCGUGGCAUCGUGUCCCCUGAUGAUCUGACGUCAGGCGUGGAGCAGGAUGGCUUGGGUGUGGUAACUGGCCAGGGGAAGGACUCUGUUCUGAGCAUAGUGAGGAAGGAGAUCAAGUCUGCACGGCUGAUGCUCAGUUCACGGGAGCUGAAUCGAGCGCGCAGGAAGGCAAAGCUGAUGGCUCGGCAGAAGUCUGUUGACGUGUCUGAGUGUGUUGGAGAAGACGAACCAGAACCCAAGAGGCUGUGUGUGGAGGACACCAUGGUGGCUGGGGGCAGUGAUGAUGAGGAUCGCAUGGUGGUGGAUGAGGGCUCCCCAGGGCUGCCUGAUGGGGGAUGUGAGUGGCCUCUGGAAACUUUUUGUAACACUCUGGCAGCCGACCUGUUCAGCAUGUCAUGGGAGACUCGGCAUGGUGUAGCCACAGCACUGCGGCACAUCAUUAGAGUGCAAGGCCGAGGGGCAGGAAGGGCCAAGUACCACACCAAACAGCAGAUGGAGAACAGUCACCAGGCGUGGUUGGAAGACAUGGCAGUGCGGCUUGUGUGUGUAUUAGCACUGGACCGCUUUGGUGACUUUGUGUCAGACCAAGUGGUGGCGCCUGUGAGGGAGACAUGUGCUCAGACUAUUGGUAGCAUAUUGCACCUGAUGAGUGAGGAGGGGGUGUAUGGGGUGCUAGGUUUGCUGGAGGAAAUGCUGUGCUGGCAGGGAUGGGAGACCCGCCACGGGGGACUACUGGGACUCAAGUAUCUCCUUGCUGUGAGGGAGGACUUACACACGUGCCUUCUGCCCCGCAUCUAUCCCCACAUUUACAGAGGACUUCUAGAUGAGAUGGAUGAUGUAGUAGCAGUGGCAGCUUCAUGUUUGGUCCCUGUGGCGGCCAGUGUGGUGGAGAAGUUAAAGGUUGAGACAGUAGGGUGUCUUGUUGCCACGCUUUGGGAUGCUCUCUUGGAUAUUGAUGACCUGACAUCAUCCACAAGCUCAGUGUUGAUGCUGCUUGCCAGGCUGAUGGCGCAUCCAGUGGGACACGGCAGCUUGAAAAGUGACUUGAGCCAACUGGUGCCAAGACUGUGGCCUUUCCUCUACCACACAAGCAGCACCGUGCGAGGCUCAGCACUCAAGACUCUAGACACACUCACUGCAUGCACUGAUUGUACUGCCUCCACUUCCACCAAUACCACCACCACACAGCCACAGUCUUCUCCUAAGAUAACCUCAGAGACUUGCACUACCACACCACCAGAGCCAAAUGCUGCCACCAACAACACCAGCACCUCAGAACAAAAACAGACAGAUACCACCACAGAAGUGAAAUCUGACGCCACUGCCACAGACAAAGAAAGGACUGCGGGUGAUGCAGAUGAGCCUCAGAUAAAAAAGGAAUGCGAGGAUAAAAGUGAGAUGUGCCAGUCGAGCCAAGACACUGGUGAGUCACCUAAGGAAGUGCCAAAUGCAAACAAGAAAGAGUGUGUGGCAGUGAAAAGUGAGAAUGGGAUCAAAAGUGAAGAAUGCAAUAAGGACAUGCAACCUGAUAUUACGGAAAAUGACAUGUCCCUAAGUGGUGGUAGUGAGAAAAAAGUCAAGUUUGAAGUGGUGACCAAAGACGAGAAGGAGAAAGAUCAGGAAAGAUCAAGUGCUAAAUGUAACUGGCUGCACCCAAUCAUCCAGCCUCUGCUCACACAUGUCUACCAGCGAGCGUUACUAGAGGAUGCCCAUGAAAACCUUAGUCUUGUCUUCAAGAUAUGGACACAGGUGUUGAGAUGCAUCCCCCUGGCACAGGUGCUGCCAGUGGUGUGUCCUCUGGUGGCCCAGUGGUUGUGUCUCUCCAUGACCAGCCAUAAGAUGGCUAUGGAACCCUCACUGCUGCUCCUGGCACACCACAACAAGUCAAGUGAAGGGCGCAAGGUGAGGAUAGGGGGAGAGCCAUCAGAGCGAAUGGAGGCAAAAUACUACCUGGGAGGCUGUGAUCAACACAAUGACGUGACGGAGAAGCUGCGUGUGGUGACGAGGGCAAGAUGUGCUGCUGCCAGGUUGCUUGGGUCUUUGUCAUGUGUUGUGAGCCAACCAAUGCCAGGCCUAGAGUAUCCCCCGGCUGAGGGUCCAAUGGAGUGCUAUGCCAAGCUCCUCGUGGCCCACCUUGCCUCCCGCUCAGCCCUCCAGCGCUUUGGGGCAGGCGCUGUGUCCAGGGCUUGGGCAGCCACCCAGCCCCCACACCCAUGUCCACCUAUACUCCAGCUGGCUCUGCAGACUUGCCUCACUGAAGUUGUGUAUUAUGAUGAGAUUGCUCUGUCCUUCACUAGGCUGCAGCAGGAGACUCAGGACUUUAUGGCCAUGCUGAGACACUACAAGCUGCCCCUUGAUCCUGCUCUCUCUGCUGCUCCAGUACUCACUCUUGAACAGAUUCAGACAUUGAGUGGUCAGACGGCUCUCAAUCUCUUCUCGAUGGGCCGCCUCCGUCCCAAGGUUCUGGCAACGCUGGAAGAGAGACGCAAGGCCAUACAAAGCAGUGUGUCCCAAACAUCCAGUGAUCAACUUACUCUGGCCACCACUACCCAGGCCAUCAUUGCUGGUGCUGUGGUGCAGUUUGAAGCUCUUCCUGCCAAGUUGAACCCUGUCAUCAAGCCCCUUAUGGAUAGCAUCAAGAAAGAGAAGAAUGAACAGCUACAGGGUGUGUCAGCUGAGGACCUCACCUGCCUGCUGGAGAUGUGUGCUACACGGUCAAGUGGACCCAACCCAAAAAUUGUCAAGAACUUGGCAAACUUUCUGUGUGUGGAUCAAGAGUACACUCCACGAGUCAUGGAAAGUGAAAGCCAGGACACUGACCACCAGCACCACAUCUUUUCUUUGUCUUCACAACUCAAGUCAACAGAACGUCAACUGUUACGGCGAUCAUCUUCACUAUCUGGCCGGCCCCCCUGGCCGUCCCCCCGGCCAGUGCAAAGAAGGAGGAUGCAGCUGACUUGUCAGAGACCAUUUUGGAGAAUGAGCUCCAGCAUGCAGCAGAGGCAGCGGCGGGGUUGUACACUUGCUCUGCAAAACAUCACUCGUCACUUCAGCUCAGCCCUUCCUCAAAAGGUGCCACAAUUGUGGCAGAUGCUGACUGGCCCACUGGAACACACCACUAGUUCCAAAAAUGAUAGCUCAUCAUCAGCUCCUACUAGUGCAUCUAUAGAAUCCAAUUCAGAGUCUUCAAGGUCUGAUAAGGGACCAUUAAAGUCUUGCAUAGGAUCUGUAAAUUCCAAUGCACAGUCCUUGGAGUGCAGGUCAGGGUCUGUGGAGAGUGGCUCAGUGGUUCAAGAACAAAGUGCCAAAUCAUUACCUGUGAAUCAAGAGAAUAGCCAGGAGGCUGUUAAUUGGCUACAACUCAUGGAGGUGGUGGUGUCAGCCCUGGACUCAGCUCUUGUGGAGCAGUUGGGGAAGCAGGCAGGAAUGUUGGAACCAUGGCUAUACCAUGUCAAUGCAGCAGUGCGGCAUAUGGCUGCCCGUGUCCUUGGGGCCCUGGCAGUGGCUCUCCCUGUGACCACAUUGACCCAACUAGUGGAACUUGUGGUCCCAGAACUGUCAAGCCUUCACUGCAUUGCACGACGGAGAGGAGCUGUAGAGGCCAUCCACUGCAUUAUCCAGAAACUUGGCUUUGAUGUUGUGCCUUAUAGUGUGCUGCUGAUUGUGCCUUUGUUAGGGUGCAUGAGUGACCCUGACACCAGUAUUCGGCUCACUGCCACUCAGUGCUUUGCAACACUCAUCCGUCUGCUGCCGCUUGAGGGGGGCAUACCUGACCCACCUUCCAUGAGUGACCGUAUGCUGAAGCAGAAAAAGAGAGAAAGGGAGUUCCUGGAAAGGCUUUUGGACCCUUCCAAGAUUGCAAACCACAGCAUCCCUAUUCCCAUCCAUGCUGAACUACGUAGUUACCAACAGAGUGGUGUGAACUGGCUGGCUUUCCUUAACCAGUACAAGCUUCAUGGAAUCCUGUGUGAUGACAUGGGCCUUGGUAAAACCCUGCAGUCCAUCUGUAUCCUUGCCAGUGAUCAUUACAUUAAGGAGAAAGCCAGAGUGGAGGCGAGUGAAGGUGUUGGCGGGAGUGAUCUUCCACCCAUUCAGUCCCUGGUGGUGUGCCCGCCCACCCUCACCGGCCACUGGGUGUAUGAAGUGCAGAAGUUUGUGGACUGCAAAUACCUCAAUCCUCUCCAUUACACAGGGCCACCAGUGGAACGGUACAGGCUGCGAAAGUUCAUCGCAGAUCACAACUUGGUGGUUGCAUCUUAUGACAUUGUGAGGAAUGACAUAGACUUCUUCUCCCUCAUCAAGUGGAACUAUGUCAUUCUUGAUGAGGGACACGUUAUCAAGAAUAGCAAAACCAAGUCUUGCCGUGCCAUCAAGCAGCUCACUGCACAGCACCGACUGAUCCUGUCUGGCACUCCCAUCCAAAACAACGUGCUGGAGCUGUGGUCUCUCUUUGACUUCCUGAUGCCCGGGUUCCUGGGUAGUGAGCGGCAGUUCAUGGCUUGUUACUCCCGGCCAAUUCUACUUGCUCGAGAUCCCAAAAGUUCCAGCCGAGACCAGGAGGCCGGGGUGUUGGCCAUGGAGGCUCUGCACCGCCAGACACUGCCAUUCCUCCUGCGUCGUGUGAAGGAGGAUGUGCUGAGUGACCUUCCUCCUAAGAUUACACAGGACUACUACUGUGAACUGAGUCCCCUGCAAGAAGAGCUGUAUGAAGACUUUGCCCGCACCCAGGCCAGCCAGAGCAUCAGUGACACCCUUCGCAGCUCCAGCCGUUCAUGGGAGGACACCAGCCCGUCCUCCAAGCCACAACACACUCAUAUUUUCCAGGCUCUUCAGUACCUGAGAAAGGUGUGCAACCACCCCAAGCUGGUGUUGAAGGCUCGUCACCCAGAGUAUGAGCGCAUCACUGCCAAACUGAAAUCCUGCAACUCCUCUCUCUCUGACAUAUCCCAUGCAGCCAAACUUCCUGCAUUGAAACAGUUACUUCUGGACUGUGGCAUUGGCACGAGUGGCAACGGCAGCAACGGUGAUGGUGUCAUUGUGUCUCAGCACCGAGCUCUUAUUUUCUGCCAGCUGCAAGGCAUGUUGGACAUCAUUGAGCAUGACCUUCUCAAGGCUCAUUUGCCAAGUGUCACUUACCUGCGGCUGGAUGGGGCAGUGCCAGCAGGAGCACGGCAAUCACUGGUUCAGCGUUUCAACAGUGACCCGUCCAUUGACUUGCUGCUCCUCACCACGCAGGUCGGAGGGCUUGGUUUGAACCUGACUGGUGCUGACACAGUAAUUUUUGUGGAGCACGACUGGAACCCCAUGAAAGACCUGCAGGCAAUGGACCGGACCCAUCGCAUUGGCCAGAAGCGAGUUGUCAAUGUGUAUCGCCUAGUGACACAAGGCACACUGGAGGAGAAGAUCAUGGGGCUCCAGAAGUUCAAGAUGAUGACUGCCAACACAGUGAUAAGUCAGGAGAACUCCAGCCUCAUGAGCAUGGGAACCAGUCAGCUGUUUGAUCUCUUCACUCUGGACUCGGGGAAGGCUGGCAUUGGCCAGGAGUCAUCCAGCACUGCCUCCACAAAGUCACACACACUGGGUCUUGGAGCAGCAGGAGCCAAGGCAGUGUUGGAGAGUCUGCCUGACCUCUGGGAUGAAGAUCAGUAUGAGAGUGAAUAUGACUUGGAUGCAUUCAUGUCUGCUCUUAAGAAACCUGCAUCCAGCUAGUCACAUAGGCCUUACAGUGUGAACUGCAACAAAGGGAUGCAUAGGGACUGGUGGGAGUGGAGGGAAAGAAUGGUGAUAGAGGGGAAGAUGGGGUUUAGUGAAUUAUAAGACAUGUAAUUCUGAGAGGACUUUUUUUUUCAGGACUCUGAUGUAUUUUACUAUUUUACUAUCUCUUCUGACACUGUUCCUUGGAUGUCUUUUAGGCUCCACCACAACAGAACAGUCUAAACCUGCUACACAUCGUAUGUGUAUGAUAGUUUUCUUGCACUCUCAUUCUCUUUGCCUCAUACACUCUUAUUUUACUUUGGGUCUUUCUGUCACAUCUAAAGCAUUUACUUAGCUGUUGAUUCUUCUCUAUAUGAUUUCAUUCAUAUUCACUCCCUCUCAGUCACCAGACCAUCUCAGGAUAUUACACUCUACCACUUCUCUGCUCCACAUUGCCACCCUCUCUGAAAAGACAACCAAACCAUCUAUCUACAUAUAUGUAUAUUCUUUCAUUGCUCCACAUAACAUUCACUUUUUUGGAUAAGUCAUUUUCAUUCCUCAGAUCCUUGACCAUUGCUUUUCAUUCCAUUUUCCAGGUUCACCAGAAUAUAUCUUUGUGAUGUUCUUGAUUUUAUUUUUAUUGUUGUUAUUUUACACCUUGCUCUUACUCCUUGCUUUUAUCAUGCACAUCUUAAUGAUCCUGCAGUUUUUCUUGCUUGCAAACAUCUAUCAUUGUCCUCAGAGGGAGACAACAAUGCUUACACCAGAUCAAAUUUGUUUAAUGCAACUCAUUCCCUUUCAUUAUUCAUCAUUACAUGUAAAGUCAACUUCCUCACUCUCUUCUUUCCCAAACUUGCCACUUUGCUUUAUAUUUGCACAUAUUUUCAGAUUUCGUGUUCAACAAACAGUAUUAAACUUUAUACAUUUUCUGUAAAUGCUUUUAAAUCUUAGCUGUCAGCCAUCACUAGCAUUACCUGCGGGAGAGUACCACAUUCAUUUCCCCCAGGUCAUUAUCAUCUGUGCCAAUUUACACUCGUUAUUACCAGCUUUUGCUUUCAUUUCUCCUACAGGUUCAUUCAUGAACAGAAGGAAAAGGAAAAUGUCAAGCUGAUGAAAUGGAUUCUUAUAUCAUAUCCGCAUACUGAGCUUUCUAUUUCAGUAUGUGUUUGUUCUUUCUUUAUUUCAUCAUUAGCUUCCAUGAAUGCAAUACACCUUCCUCUUUUGCUAAUGUCAUUCAAUGAUUAUCUAGAUUUAAGAAUGAUUUAUGCAUCUUGUCCUCUUUUUAUUUUAAUCAAAAAUUUUCUCACUAUCAACCAAAGUUUUCCUUCCAUAAAAGUACCUCUCUUCUCACCAAUUUGUGUGGAGUCUGUUAUUGCUAUCAGCGAAAUCAACUCCAGUAAUAUCCUAACUUCUGUUUUUGAUAUCAUGAAUUUGUCAUUAAACUAAUGGAACUUAUUACUGGGAUGAGUGAUUUCCAGUUUAACACCAUCAUUCUUCCUUCUAAAAAUAAGAGGAUUUUUUCUCCACAUGCAAGGUAGACUGUACAUCUCUUGUGAGAAGUGUAUUGUUCUUUGGUAGUAAAAUUUGAUUUUAUGAUUAUGUUGUAAAGAAGCUGCAGUGUACUUAAGGAAUAUAGUGAAAUGAUACACAUUACAUCUACUGUGUGAAAUGCCCUAAUGAAUGAGACAUUGUGAAGCACAGUUAGGACAGUGAAAUAAUGAGAAUGGUAAAGUGUGUUACUUUAGCAAUGUUUUCUAAAAACAUUUUACAUAUUUGGCGGCUGCCUGUAUGUGUUUGUUGAUGUAGAGGUUGAGAUAUGAAGGGUGCUGGUAGACAGGACUGAAUGGGAGUGCCUUGUCUUGGCUAUGCCUUUUUGCAGAGAAUGUCAACAUGUUAUAUAGAUAGAGAUAGAUGAGAAAGUUUAUAUUAUACUGAAGUACUGGUAUUAACCCAAUAUCAGCAAUGAGCUUUGGAAUCAGUAUACAAAGUAUUUGUCUUUAUAUCAGGUUGACAUCUCUGAGGGUGAUAGAUCAUGUGUCUACAAAACAUGCAUUCAUCACAAGUGUCAGCAAAAAAAAUUGGUAUUUGUACAUUCUUUAUUAUCAGUUUAAUGUUGUUAGGUUGAAGUAAUAUAACAGUGUUUUGGCAUUCUUUAUUAUUGACUUAAUUUUGUCCGUUAAAAUAAUGCCAGAUCUCUACUUCUGAUUCUCUUAGUGUGUCAGUCCUACUGUCCCAUUAUCAGAUUUACUUUGCAUUUAUUUCCAUGUGCCAGAAUUGGUUAAGUUUAUGCUGCAUUUCUCAGUCUUUAUUUGUACUUAAAUAAUUUCUCAAAUGUGUGUGUUUAUAUAUUUAUGUAUAUAACAGGCUAACACCACCAUCACACCCCAUUCAUUCCCUGCUCACCCAGUCCUAAGAACACACACACACACACACACACCAGAAUUAACCUUGUACAAAUGUAUGCUGGAGUAAGAUAAGAUGAUCAAAUGUUCAUUAUGGGUAUGGUAAUUAUACAGUGAACCAUUGUAAUACAGUAAAACCUCUGUGAUGCACCAGGUGAGGGAAGUCUUGGGUCAUUAUAUCCAAAGUUCCUUGUAUUUGAGGCUGAACCUUCUUCCUAUAUAACAAAAUCAUAGAAAAAGGGAAUUAUCUAAUAUUCAUGCUAUACUUGUUAGAUAUUUAUUUAUAUAUUAAGCUAACAUUCUUGUUAAAGGGUGAAUAAUCAAGACAAGCUAUCUGCAGGCAUACUUUCACCUGUAGUCCCUCAUAUCUUAUCUUGGUCUCCAAGAAAGACAGGACUGAUCAUCGCCAUGUAUGUAGGGUGUUGAAAUGGUGUGGGCAGGUUGAGGAGGGAGAGGGAAAGAAGUGAUGGUAAGAAAGAGUUUACAUUCCCUCCAAAACUGCAAACACUGCACAUACUUGUCAGAUGUGUGGAUCAAAGAAUUGGUAUGUGGAUGUGUGUUCAUUUUGCUUUUAAAAAGUAAUCACAUACAGAAUUUGUUAUAUAGCGGUUCAUUGCAUAGAGGUUUCACUGUAUCGUAAUGUCAAUAAUGCUCGUGUCAAGUCUUUCAUAAUACAGGCAUUCCUUGAGAUCUGAGUAUUUGAAACAAAAAGAUGUAUUUACAUUUCUAAGUAAGGAGCCAUUACAGUGACUCUUUUGAAACAAAAAGAUGUAUUUACAUUUCUAAGUAAGGAGCCAUUACAGUGAAUCUUUUGAAACAAAAAGAUGUAUUUCGAUUCUAAGUAAGGAGCCAUUACAGUGCCAUUAAGCACAAGCAGUAUUCUCUGGCAUCUUGCUACCAAGUGAUGCCAAUAGUGGUGACAAAAACAAAGAUACAUGUACUGGCAGCAAAAGGACAAUUAUACACAACUACCCAUUUGCUUCCAUAGAGCCAUCAGGAUACUUCAAAUGAUAACAUAAUACUUAAAGAUGUAAGAAAUUUGUUUGUGUGACAUGGGCCUAUGUGAUCCCACUUGAUGCACAUUUGUUCACCUGAUGCAGUAUUACUAAGUGAAGACUUUGAAUGAGCUCUUGAAAAGCAAAGAACUGAGAUUAGUUGCACAUAACAAUCCUGAUGUGCCACCAUCAAAUGAGAGACUGAUUCAUGUAAACCUGGAUUCUAACUUUCAAAAUGAUGAUGAAUGAAGAUAAUAGUAACAGUAAUAAUGAUAGCUAAAAACUACUGCCCAUGAUUUUCUAGAGAAGCACAGGAAGAGCCAGGCAUGCAUCACAGUCCUUGGAUGUGUUGGCUUGUGUGUUGGAAAGGCUGGAAAACAUGCAUCCUCAGAUGAUGCCAUUUCAGAAGAUAUAUGGUAUUGGACCAACUCACAUUGUCAUUCUUUGCUCAUGCACUCUGUUAUUUCCUCACUCUUUGUCUUCACAGUUAACAAUUAACACUUAAAAUUUCUAUCACUUCUUGAUUUGCACAUCUUAUUUAGCACAUGAUACAAUAGUACAGCUUACUUCAUUCAUAUAUCUUGUGACAAGUACUGCAUUUUUUCAAGGAAAUAUAAUGAACAUCUGGUUGUGAAAGUAGGCAUCAAUGUACAAUGCAUAAUGAUUGUAAUAAUGACAGUGGGUCAACAACUGAAUGACUGAGCCAAAUGAUCAAAAUACUGAGUAAUUAAUGAGUCAAUAUGAAUGGAAAACUGAUUACUGACAUGUACUUGCUCUCUCUUUAUUAGAAGAUUCAUUACCAAGAAAUGUUUUGCUCAUUGUACUUCAAUUUUUCUUUAAGUAGUUAUAAGUUUUUGAAUCAGGAAUUCUGGAAGAUUUCUAUGAUUGUAAUUAAUAAUAAUAACAUUCAGUGAAUGUUUUCUUCAGAAAUGUAUUACUCUGGCAAGGCAGGGGAUGUCUGUAUUAUUUAAAAAAAAAUCACAUUUCUUAUGCUGACCAAACAAUGAAGCAGUCGUAGGCUUGCUUUUUAGUUGUCAGCACUACCACAAGGCCACAGUGAACAAGUCACCAACAAUAAAAGUUUUCAUAACA